AUGUCACUUGAGCUUUUGACUGAGGAGAAAUCAGGUCAAACGGCUCGAUUGGAUCUUAUCGACAUGAUUCCAGACCUACAGCGGGCGCUGAUAGGCGAGCAAGCCACUCUCAGGAACAUGACAUGGAGCCCAGUGAAUCUUGUGACUUUGCAAGCAAUCAAUCGAUUCAAAGUCGCACAGCAUGUCCCGAUAGAUGGUUCAAUCAGCUACAAAGAACUCUCCGCCCUCUGUUCCGUCAACGAGUCUCAACUCCGCCGUCUGAUACGGCACGCGAUGACCAAUCGAAUUUUCUGCGAGCCAGAGAAGGACCAAGUCAUGCACACAGCUGCAUCCAAACUACUCGUUGAGGAUCCUAGAAUGGACGCUUGGGUCUUCUUUCUGACUGACUACUUCUGGCCAGCAACGGCCAGAUCUGUGGAUGCUUUUCAGAAAUGGCCUGGAAGUCAAAAUCCCAAAGAAGUAGGAGUGUCCUUGCAAUAUGGCCGUGACACGACUUGGUUUGCGGAGAUUGCAAGAGCGGACAGAGGAAUUGAAUCGUUCAGACAGGCUAUGGAAAUCGUUAACGACGGCGAAGGCUGGCAGGAUAGUUAUCUGGUUGAUAAUUAUCCUUGGGGAGAGAUCAACAAUGGUGUUGUCGUUGAUAUCGGGGGCUCGAAUGGGCAUACGAGUGUUGCCAUCGCUGGAGCCUGUCCCAAAUUGCAAUUUGUUGUGCAGGAUCUUCAUACGGAAGGGAAUCAUUUGCCGGAGCUUCUGAAGACUCGCAUCAAAUUCAUAAACCAUGAUAUGCUCACGUCACAGCCAAUCAAGAAUGCCGACGUCUACCUUUUCAGGGCAGUCCUACACAAUCAUCCCGACACCAUUGUCGUGAAAGCACUGCAAUCUUUGAUACCGGCAUUGAAGCCCAAUUCCAAAAUCAUAAUCCAAGAUUUUGGGUUGACCGAUCCUGGGCAAGGUAGGCUGGCAGAUGAAAGCUAUGAAAGGAUGAUGGACAUCAUGAUGAUGUCACUUAUGAAUGGAAAAGAAAGGGGACUUGAAGAAUGGAAGGCGCUGUUCGAGCAGGCUGACCCCCGCUUUGCUUGGAAUGGCGGCACCAGACCCGAUGGCAGUCGGUUGUGGAUCAUUGAGUCGACCUGGGAACCAUGA